UGUUUAUUGUCUUGAAGUAUCAUACCACCUCUUUGUGAGACUUUUUCAAGUGAAACAAAAUAUCAAAGAACAAUUCGAGGAACAUUUCUGAACUUAACCCAUUCAAAUCUAACCAAUUAGCCUAUGGAUCUAUUGGGCCCAACACAAUGGGAAGUAGCAACUAGCAGAAGACUUGUUCUUUCCGUCAUUCCAACAAUUGAAUCACCGUCAUUCCAACCUUGACAAUUGAAUCAUUCCAGUCUCCUCCGUCCAACUCCGAUCAUGACUGACAACCACCAUCACCACCACCGCCAUCACCGCCCCAACCGUCUAUCUCUACCACCACGUACCGCCGUACCUAUCACUACCCCCACUACCUCAAGAACCCCCUACCCUCAUUUCAACUACCCUCCUUCAACCCCAACACCAACUCCAUCCAAACACCGUCUUACCAAAUCUUCUUCAGCAAAAACUUCUUCUUUGCCAUUUCUAUUCCUUCUACUCUUCUCUCUUCGCUCUUUUUAUUCUCUUUUCCCUUUCCUUCGUUCUUCCCCUUCCUCUUUCUCCCUUUUCCCUUUCUCUUUUCUUGUUUCUCUCCUCUCUUUCCUUCUCACUUUCUCUUUCUCCUUCUUCACUUCUAAAGACCCUUUUUAUACUAAAAAUCGACAUGGGUUUAUCUCAUUUAACCGAUCUCUUUACAAGGUUCUACUAGCGAAAUCAUUUCUUCUUGCUAUAGUAUUCCUUGUUCGAUUUCAAGCCCUUCGAUAUUGUGGCGCUGCUGCUAUGAUUCUCGCGGAGAUUUCUGGGAAUAUAGCGUCUAGGUUUAUUUUUGAAGGAAAAAGUCGCGAUCUUCUUGAUCGGAAUCGGAUUACAUCGUAUCAGCUUUGUGGGUUUACCGCGAUGUUUAUUGGGUUAGUUUUGUUAUCUAUUAGUUGGGAUAGAAUUGAAUGUUUCCCUUUAUCUUCUGUUAAUGUGUAUGAAAUGGGGUUUUCAUUGCUUCCGAGGUAUAGUUGUAUUAGGAUUUGGCCAAUGUUGCUUCCGUUUCUUUCGGGAUUUUUGGGGUGUUAUGAGAGUAGUUCUAUGAAUUGGGGUAGUUUGAGGGAAAUGGGCAAGAAGCAGCUUAGGUUGGUUUCGUUGUUUUUUACGACUGUAAUGUUAUUUGUACCAGCAGUUAUAAGUAUGUUUGUGUUUGAAGCAGAGGGGGAUAUUAUAUCUAUUUCGAAUCUCAGUUGGCCUUUAGUGAACACUGUAGUGUUUGGUGUGCUUUUGAAUGAGAAUUUUACUGCUGAGAAGCCAGUUUCUUCUAAGGAUUUUCAAAAGGAGUAUCUUGUGACAUAUGUAUGUACAGUUAUAUUGGAACUGUUUUAUUUUCCUGAUCUUUCGCUUUGGGGAUUGUUGAUAUGUGGAUUGUUGCUCUUGAUUUCUAUGAGGAAUUUGGAUCCGGUUGAUCCUAAUUAUCUCGAGUUGGGGUUGGAAUCAUCUGAUUGGUUUACGACUUCAGUUAUGAAACCUCUCCGGCAUAUCUUAGGAGAGAGGAAGUCACGCAAGAUUGCGCUUUUCCUUUUGAUCAAUACGGCUUACAUGGUUGUGGAAUUUGCUGCUGGUUUUAUGAGUAAUAGCCUUGGGUUAAUAUCAGAUGCUUGUCACAUGCUGUUUGAUUGUGCAGCUCUAGCUAUUGGAUUAUAUGCGUCAUACAUAUCACGGUUGCCUGCAAAUGGUCAGUUUAACUAUGGUCGUGGAAGAUUUGAGAUUCUUUCUGGGUAUGCAAAUGCGGUUCUUUUGGUCCUUGUGGGAGCGUUAAUUGUGCUUGAAUCAUUUGAGAGAAUAUUAGACCCUCAGGAGGUUUCCACUAACAGUCUAUUGACAGUGUCGAUUGGAGGGCUACUUGUUAAUAUUGUGGGUUUGAUCUUCUUUCACGAGGAACAUCAUCAUGCCCAUGGUGGAUCAUGUUCACAUUCCCAUUCCCAUUCCCAUUCGCAUUCUCAUUCCCAUUCUAAGCCCCAUAAGGAUUGCCAUAACGACCAACAUCACCAUGAUCAUCAUUUACAUGACCAUGAUCAUCAUGUUCACAAGACAGAGACAGAAUUCUCCACAACUUCUCAUUCCCAUUCUAACUCUCAUUCAACAUGCCAUAAUCUCCAAGAAAACCAUAUUCACCAUGCACAUGACCAUGAUCAUUGUGGUCACCAGAUACAACAGGAACAAGUAAGUAUUGUCCAUGAAUCAUGUUCUAGUCAUGGACAUAAUGCUGACAAUAAAAACCAGAGCAACAAUGUAAAAGAAUGGAAAGAAAAUAACUCUCGUCAUUCUUGUGAUCACUCUCAUAACCACAACCAUGGGCACCAUCAUCAUGAUGGCGCUGUCCCACAUUGUCAUGGUAGCAGCUCAAGUAUUUCUCCGAUGAAGGUGCACGGCUCUGUUGCAAGUUUGCAAGGACCAGAUUGUUCUCAUGUUCAUAAGCAUGUUCCUACAGACAAGGGUGUCACUGAGAAACAUCACCACCAACACCGCCACAUUGACCAUAACAUGGAAGGCAUCUUUUUGCAUGUUCUGGCUGACACCAUGGGUAGUGUUGGGGUGGUAAUUUCAACGCUCUUAAUCAAGUACAAAGGAUGGCUAGUUGCUGAUCCUGCCUGCUCAAUAUUUAUCUCUGUACUGAUUAUAUCUUCAGUAAUCCCAUUGCUCAGGAAUUCGGCAGAAAUUUUACUGCAAAGAGUUCCAAGGGCUCACGAACAUGAUUUGAAGGAAGCUGUAAACGAUAUUAUGAAGAUAAAAGGUUUAUCUGCAAUUCAAAAGCUUCAUGUUUGGAGCUUCACGAACACAGAUGUUAUUGGCACUCUCAAUCUUCUCGUCUCAAGUGAGAGUGACAAGUUAUCUGUAAAGACACAAGUAUCUGAAAUAUUACAUCAUGCUGGAAUCAAGGAUUUGACAAUGCAAGUAGAAUGCAUCCAAAGUAGGUAGUCUAAUUGGAGGCUUUGACCGAUUACUAGAAGUGCUCGAUGUGCGUUUCAACUGUAUCAAAUGGAGAUCCGUUGAGGCCUAAAGUGAUGUACAGUGAGUUGAAAAGUGAGAGUUUUUCUUUUCUUUUUAAAGAAAAAAACCUUGAAGUUUUCUAAGAUAUAUCCAAUUUCUGUUCCCACCCCCUUAGAGGGCUUGAGGAUAAAUUAACAAAGCUGAAAGGAAAUGUUGAAGGGAACCCUAUUUGAUGAGCUGCUGCCUGUCGGAAAAUCUUGUCGUUCCCAUGUUGAAUGAUUAAUGAACACGUUAGUAAAAUAACCUUAUAAAAAAAUGUCUCCGGGUGAUUUUGAACUUGUAGUUGACCCGUUUGCCAUUUCAGUUUCCAUAUUUCUUUCUGCUACAUAUUCAUUUUUCUCUUUCC